UGCUGAUGCCAUUUCUGGAUAGCAGAUUGAAUGGCAUCGAUGGAAUCCGGAACAGCGUUGUCAGCACACCGUCAAGUGCGGUACGCAGGUCUUCGAAGGGAAGUUUGCGUAGGAACAGUAGGAUUUUGGAGAGAGGAUUUGAUUCUUGAACAAUGUGUUGCAACGGAGGUUGAACUGUUAGUUAUGAAAAGACUUUAUGGAGAUAUUAAAGUAGGUAGCUUCACCAUGUAAGGUCACGUGAGUGCCUUAUUAU